UCGAUUUCGCCGAAUUGAUAUCUCGUAGUGAACAUAUCCAUCGGUGGAUUUUCUCCUUGCAAUAAUAAAUGUUUACGACCUACUCUAAACACCCUAUUUGAAAAAGUUACCAGUAGUAAUAAUAAUAGCAAUAAUAAAAAAUAUUAAACGUACGAAAGCAAUCACGAUAAUAGAUAGAAACGUUACAAAAAUAAUACGUAGAUUAACAAGCUUUGACAUUUCAUAUUUUAUAAUGUUUCCGCCAAGUGAUUUCCUUCUAAUCUCCACCAUUUUAUCACAGUGAUUCUUGUUUGAAUGUCAAAGAAGAGUAUCUCGUCGGCUUGAAGGUCGAAGGAACGUGAAACGACGAAGCACCGAGUUGCGAUAACGUCACGAGUGAAUGGCGCAUAAGUGUGCAUUGUAUGAUUGCCAGACAGUCGCAAAACUAAACGCGUGUGAAACGCGGCGAAUUUAAGCGGAGCGGAUUUAAGAAGGCCAAAGUUCUACAGUGGUGGAAAGGGGAAGGCAACGUGAAAGAUGGCUGUGAAUCUGAAUGCAACGAUCCCCAACAAGGAGGACAAUAAUUACGUUCCAUACGAUCAGCGCCCGGAAACGUACAUAGUACCUGUGAUAUUCUUAUUAAUCUUGGUGGUGGGUGUAAUUGGAAACGGAAUCAUGGUGUUUACUUUGUUGAGCGACGCCAGCAUGAGAAAUGUGCCCAACAUUUACGUGCUUUCGUUGGCUUUGGGCGAUCUUUUGGUGAUCAUAACGAGUGUACCGUUCACGUCUCUUCUAUACACAAUCGAGUCAUGGCCGUGGGGCCUGGCAGUUUGCAAAUUAUCGGAGUGCGCCAAGGAUAUUUCGAUCGGUGUCUCAGUUUUCACUCUGACCGCGUUAUCAGCCGAGAGGUACUGUGCGAUCGUAAAUCCCAUUCGUCGCCAUGUAGCCGGAUUGAGUGCAAAACCAUUAACGAUACUAAUAGCCUGCCUUAUUUGGGUGCUGGCGAUUGUUCUGGCGAUGCCAGGUGCUGUUUUCUCUCAUGUGCUGAUCGUAGAUAUAAAGACUAACUACAGCAUCCAGAUCUGUAGCCCUUUCCCCGUGGAAUUCGGGAAGAACUAUAAGAAAGGGAUGGUGUUAUUCAAGUUCCUGGCCUACUACGCGAUACCGUUUCUCGUUAUAACAGGAUUCUAUCUGGGAAUGGCACGACACCUCGAACUAUCCACCAGGAACAUGCCCGGCGAAUUAUCCACCGGAUGUCAUCGGCUGGAGCAAAUUCGAGCACGCAAAAAGGUUGGAAAGAUGGUGAUCGCCUUUGUAGUUAUCUUCUUCAUCUGUUUCCUACCGUACCACACGUUUAUGAUGUGGUUCCACUUUUGUCCAUCAUCCGAGCAAGACUACGAUGACUAUUGGCAUGCCUUCAGGAUCGUUGGUUUCUGUCUGAGCUUCAUCAACAGCUGUGUCAAUCCCAUCGCUCUAUAUUUUGUCAGCGGAACAUUUCGCAAGAGAUUCAACAGAUAUCUUUGUUGUUGCCUGAGGAGAAGGAGGUUAAGCGUCUGUCGAACAGAAACGAACAGUUCAGACAGGAAUGGCAAUCGAAGAGCGAAAUUUUCACAAAGGAAACGAAUGGUUGGACGAGACAACUUCAACGAAACCAGCUUCGGCUCGAUAUUCCGUAGAAACACUCAGGAACUGAACUCGACCGCUCUUUACGAGUUAACAAGUGACGGAACCACGAGACCGACUUGAAACUCUAGAUCGUAAUGCAUUUUUCAAAACGAUCUCGAGAUGUCAGCACGAUGAAGACUAACGUUAAACGUUGUUAAAAAUAGAGGACCAUUCGCAAGUAAGGUAGAUCUACGUUGAAUGUUUCAAUUAUGAUUAAUGAUCGAUUAUGAUUGAAUUACGAGAGACAAUGAGUACAUGAGUCGAAUUCUUCGUUGUAAUUAUAAAUAUACGUAAAUCUGCACGUGCAAUCGCGAUAAUUUUUUAUUUGAUCGACGAAGUGCAGCUUCAGCUUUUAGCUUAA